AUGUCCACUAACGGCGAGGAGCUGCGGAUCCUGAGUGUCCACGGAAAAGGGGAGUACCCACUGGCGGUGGACGGCCAUGACAACCUCUUCACCGUGUUCAAACUGGAGACUCUGAGCUCGCUGUCCGUAGAACACAGCGUGGGAAAGAGCCUGGAGCGCGGCGAGCAGCGUACCCACACCGGCGAGAAGCCGUACGGGUGCGACCAGUGCACGGAGCGCUUCAAACUGAAAGACAGCCUGAAGAGCCACAUGAGGACUCACUCCGGGGCGAAGCCCUACAGGUGUGAUCAAUGCGUGAAGUGCUACUAUAGGAGCUCUCACCUGAAGAGGCACAUGAAGACUCACCCCAGGAGGAAGCCCUACAGGUGUGAUCAAUGCGUGAAGUGCUACUAUAGGAGCUCUCACCUGAAGAGGCACAUGAAGACUCACCCCAGGGAGAAGCCCUACAGGUGCAACCAAUGCGUGAAGCGCUUUAUGAAGAGUUCCAACCUGACGGCCCACAUGAGGACUCACUCCGAGGAGAAGCCUUACAGGUGCAACCAAUGCGUGAAGCGCUUUAUGAGGAGUUCCAACCUGACGGCCCACAUGAGGACUCACUCCGAGGACAAGCCCUACAGGUGCAACCAAUGCGUGAAGCGCUUCUUGAGGAGUUGCCACCUGAAGGUCCACAUGAGGACUCACUCCGGGGAGAAGCCCUACAGGUGUUACCAAUGUGGGACUAGUUUCAAUCAGAGUACCCACCUGAAGGUCCACAUGAGGAUACACUCCGGGCAGAAGCCUUAUAGGUGUGACCAAUGUGUGAAGCGCUUCAAUCAGAGUUCCAACCUGAAGGUCCACAUGAGGACUCACUCCGAGGAGAAGCCCAACUGGUGUGACCAAUGCAUGAAGCACUUCAUUUCGAGCUCUCACCUGAAGAUCCACAUGAGAACUCACUCCGGGGAGAAGCCCUACAGGUGUAACCAAUGCGUGAGGCGCUUCAGUACGAGUUCCAACCUGACGGUCCACAUGAGGACUCACUCCGGGGAGAAGCCCUACAGGUGUAACCAAUGCGUGAAGCGCUUCAGUCAGAGCUCCGCCCUGAAGAGACACAUGAGGACUCACUCCGGGGAGAAGCCCUACAGGUGUAACCAAUGCGUGAAGCGCUUCAUUUCGCGCUCUCACCUGAAGAGGCACAUGAGGACUCACUCCGGGGAGAAGCCCUACAGGUGUAACCAAUGCGUGAAGCGCUUCAGUCGGAGCUCCGCCCUGAAUAGACACAUGAGGACUCACUCCGGGGAGAAGCCCUGAAGGUCCAACACCAGCCUCAGUGACCCUAGCAAUUUGCGUUGGCACAUGCUCAAGCACAGAGGCAAUGGGGUGCUUUGACACGGGCAAUGGGACCUUUUAAUUCACACCUCUAUCCUGUUUUUGUUUAAAUUUGUCUGCUGUAGUUAUUUUUUACUCAUGAUUAUAGACGCUUUCCAACUUUUCGUUCGUUUCGUUUACUCUUUUAUUGUUGUAAAUAAUUGAUUUCUGCGUGAAGGUGAGGGGUAUUGACCAACGUGGAGAUUUUAGGAUUGGCCAGAGGAGCGAACAAGUUGAAUUGCAAUACACUGGGUGAAGUGGACUUGGCUGCAAGACAAUUAAAGGAAUCUACAACAAAAAAGUCACUAGAUUGGCCAAAGUAUCAGACUUGGUGGCUACAGUUGCAAUGCAAACUAUAACAACACCUUUCAUUUAGAGAGGACAGGAGGUAUAUCUAGGUCCAAAGAGAAUGUAUAGAAAUCCCUUUCAAUUGGCUAUAUACAAUAUACAAUUGUAAAUUAUAAUUAGGUCAUGCCUGCAACGCUCAAUGUAGCUGCCAGCAGAAACGGUUGCAUGAUUUUGGAUAUUAUCAGAAUAAUUUUAAGUUUCAUAAAAUAAUAUUUGUAAAGGUCCCAUAGCAUGCUACUUUAUGGAUGCUUUAAUAUAGAUAUUAGUGGGCCCCAAAUGCAGUAUUUGAAGCCGUUUUCGAAAUUUAGCCGUGGUGCAGAAUUACUGCCACUACGAGCCAGUCGCACAUUGAGCUUUCCCCAAACGCACCAUUUCGGUGUCUGUAGCUUUAAUGCAAAUGAGGAGAGAGGUGGUUCAAGGUGGAGGGUGGGGGUGUGGCCCUGAGCAGCUUGCUGCC